AUGGACUCCCACAUGGACACCCACAAGAAGACGCAGUCGUCAGCCCUGAAGCUCACUCCGAUCCGCAUGCGGGGCAAGCGCAAGAGCAACCGCUCUAAUGCCAGCAAUGGCAGCGCCUCGUCGUCGGGCCAUCCGAACAGCGACUCGGAGACGGCCGCUGCGACUGCCGGGUUGACGCUGUCUUCGUCACCCUCGUCACCGCUCAAGCGGUCUCGGGCGUCGUCCCCGGCCUCGCAGAAGACGUCGGGGCGUGCGUCGUCCCUGUCAACCUCGAAUGCAGCGCGUCGGGCCCGGACCAAAAGGUCGGUGCCGAUGGACCAGCGGUUUCCACUCGAGGUCGUUGAGCGCAUCUUCUUCUACUCCAUGAACUUCAAUCUUCCGCGUGCCAGCCCACGCCUUGGAUGGAUGCUCUCGAGUCGUUACACGCUGCGUGACCUCAUGCUCGCUGCGUUUGAGCCGCAGUGGAACCUGACCUUGACGCCGAAGCGAUACAAGCGGCCGCUGAAAAAGCACAAUGCGGCCAGACGAGCCGAGGCCCGGCUCAUCGAUCCGGCCCUGAUGACGGCAGUUUUGAACAGCCCUUGGAUGAAAAUGGACCACUUGGUCGAGUCUAUGCAGGUCUGGCUGCAAAAGAAUAGAAAUAAGAAAUAUCUCCAUACUCCCAUUCCGUUUUCGGAAGAGCCAGAGCGAGACGCUGCAGCGGAAUUUGUCCUCAACAUGAACGACUUUGAUGCUCUUGUCAGAGAACAUCCCACAGAACACAUUGUCAGCACACGGAUGCUUGAUAGGGGCUCUGAGACCCUUGAUGAUGGCGAAGACGAAUACGAAGAAGGUGCCGAAGACGAGGAAUUAAACGACGAUGACGACGACGAUGACGAAGAAUCCUCUCAUGAAGGCGAAGAUCGAAGCCCGGGAUGGAGUUCUGAUGAAUAUUCCGAUCUCGGCUGCGACGAACAGGCUGUCGAAUGCGAGCAAGAAAGUCGCAACCAAGCCAACCAAGGCCACGAUGAAGAAGAUGAACAGGACGUGAAGACGCCUGAGACGAAGAGCCCGGGGCCUCUUGUAUCUGCCCAUGCUUGCUUUGCGAUGGACCAGUUCUACUUUCUCGAAAGCAUGUAUGUCUCAGAUAUCUUCGAUCCGAAGCCCGAUGAGACACCUUCUACACUCCUGGCCUCUUAUUUUGAAGACCGUGGUGUGGGUGCUCCCGAACGGCCCAUGGAUGGCAUUGCUUUCAUAGGUUUCCGCAUGACUGUUGCGCCGGCCCUGAUGCGUAGCCCCAGCCUCGGGAAAACGCAGAUUCCCGAGUGGCUGUUGCUUGGCGGCGGGCCCUAUCCGGCCAGCCAAAACCAGACUCGCGAGGGCCGCAAGGCUCUGCGGGAUCGCUUGCGUGCGACAUUUGACUUGCUCUCAUGGAUUGUCUUUGCUGGUGGCAAGCUGCAAAGGAACGACAGCUGGGAGCUGACGCUGCAGGGCUUCCAGAACUUGCUCGAAGUGGACGUACUGCCGAACGAAUGGGAUACCUACGAGGAGGGAGAAGAAGUGGUCUCCGCCUGCGAACACGUCAGCGCUAGUCCGAAUGAGAGGACCAUCCGGCUCCAGUACAGCGUCGACACGCUUGUGUCCGGGAUCCUCGGCCUGUUCUACUCUCUGGGUGUCUUCUACCGCCAGAUGCCCCAUCAUAUCUUUGAAUCCGCCGUUGCAAUGGCGACAGCCCGCGGUGUGUCCGGUGGUUUAGCGUAUCGGAAGUCGCUCACAUACCUGACUCUGCAGCGCAUUGCUUUUCUCGUCCCAGCAAACAACAAACGGUCCUUCCUUGAGAUUAUGCCUGAAUAUUUCAACAUGAAGUUCUAA